AUGUCUACACCCAUGGAAAAGAUUACUCAUUUGUUACGAUCGGUAACAUCACAUCGUGAUCGCAAAAACCUAAAUUUUCACUAUUCCUAUCUCAUUAAUGAUGAAGAAAUUAGCAGACUACAAUUUCAGCAUUACGUUUAUCAACAAGUGUGGGACAACAGCAACUUUUCUGCUCCCGUAAAAGAUUUAUUGGAAACCGAUGGCACAAGAAUCCUUGAUGUUGGAUGUGGCCCUGCAACGUGGUUAUUAGAGAUGGCAACGGAGUACCAAAAGUCAAAUUUUACGGGAAUUGACAUUAAGCCCACUUAUCCAACUGAAACAAAGCCUUCUAAUGUCAACUUUCAACAGGCAGAUUUAUUGACUAGUUUACCAUUUGAAGAUAACACAUUUGAUUAUGUAUUCUGCAGAGCGAUGAUGUUCGCUUUUAGGAAAACAGAUUGGGAGGUUGCCAUAAAAGAAAUUUGUCGGGUUUGUAAAGUUGGUGGUUACGUCGAAUUCAUGGAGAAAGAUAUUGUUAUUGAAAAUGAAAGAGAGUUCACGAGGAAACUAAGAUCGAAACUAACUGUAGAAUUGAUGAAAAAGAAUGUCGAGCCGAUAAUUUCACAAAAAAUUGAAGAUUACAUUCGCAAUACAAAUAAAUUUUCAAUAGUAAAACAUGAUCAAAGAAGUGUUAUGAUAGGUGGGGCCGAUAAGCUAGGCAAGGAAUACAAAGAUUUAUUUACGUGGGGAGCUAGAAAUCUGAAGGAUGCCAUGAAAAAGUCGGGCUAUAAUGUGGAUUGGGGUUCGAUUGAAAAAAGCAUAGAGGAAAUAAGUGACAGUCGUUGUUGUGAUAAAAUUCAUAGAAUAUGGGCUAGAAAAGGGGAAUGUAAUUCAAUGGUUGAGGUUCAUUAA